ACAAACCAGACGAUGCCGCCACUAUUUGAGAACAGAAAUGUCGACCGAAGAAAUACAAGCGUUACUGGAAAGAUGCGACCCCGUACAUUUGGAUUUGUACGGCGGUGGAGAAGACCAACGCGAAGUCUGCAAGGCGGACGCUUUUCUGCCCAACCCGGUCGAGAGUCGUAAGAUUCAGAAGAUCCUGUCCAGUCAGCUGUGCGUUCUGAAUGACAUGAUGGGUCUGUUAGAAAGACGGUGCUCGCCAGAUGAACUGCUUAAUGAACCCUGCCCGCCAAACCCAGGUAGCGAGGCUCACAGCCGAUGGAAUACCUUAAAGGCACAGUACAGAAAAGAAGUGAAACAGGUGGAGACCCUCAUAGGCACCCUCCAGUCCAAGAUCGACCAGCUGCACCUCAAACGAGACAAACUCACACAGCUGGUCAGCACCCUGGAGGAGCAGAGGAAGACCAGCGUGCAGCUGGAGUGCUCCCUGCAGGCUGCUCGAGAGGCCUUGCACCUGUGUGAAGGCCAGCUGGCCCAGGCCAGGCAGGAAACGGAGACAGUCGUCAAUCACCUGGGAGACUGGCAGCUUCACAAAGACGAGCUGCAGGCCUGUGUGUCUGCCACCGAGGGAGUGAUGCAGUACAGCUUGUUAUCCGUCAGCCAAUCAGAGCUGUGCCUGGAGUUGAGGCCCCGCCUCUACGGAAGCUCCUCCUCCCACGGACAGUUGGAGCCGCUCAAACUGACCGUGAGCUGGAGCCACGACGACCGUUUCUGUUUACAGAUGUGCCAGGGGACUGCUGGGAUGCCGGAGGAGUGUGUGAGGGGCCGUGUGUCUGAGCUGAGCGCCGCCCUGCUGGAGGUGCUGCAGCGCUACAGCAGCCAGGGAGAGAUGCUGGCUGAGAUCCAGUCCCUGCACUCCAGGUUCGCCAUUGACUGGCGCCCAGCAAAGAGGCAGCUGGUCUUCCUGAAGUCUUCUUCUGUGGUGUGCACCCUGGAGGUGGAGGAGGGCUACCCAUCCAGGGGCCGGGCCUCGCUGCUGUCCGUACGCAGAGACACGGGCCUUGUGGAGAGCUGCCUCCUGCAGCACCCCAAGGACUCCCCAUCGCUGACCGAGUGGUUGGUCUUCCUCUCCUGUAACGACGACAUCUGACCAGCUGUCUGACCAUGACCCCUCCCCCUGCUCAGUCUCCACAGACGCGUCACUACAGAACAGGUUCUCUUCAGGUCUACAAUCAUCCUUCUGUGAGCGUGUUCGACUGUUGCUCCCUCAAUGGCAGAAGAUUCCAGAAGGACCCUUGAUUAGGGGCCAAAACAAAUUUAUUUGAUAAGCUUGCAUGACCUCUUAUGUGGCAGUGUCUGGGAAAAGGUUCUGUUUCAGUAACGUGACACAAGGUGGCGCCCUUUCUUUAAAACAACUGAUGUCGUUCAACAUUUAAUGUUCCUCUGGUGUGUGUUUGUGUUAUUUUUCCAUAUCCCAUAUGUGUAAACAAGUCUCAUGUCAAAUAAAUGUUUUCCG